UUCUCGUCUCGAAAGAAAAAGAACUCAAAAAACUCUGUAACUUUACAGAGAAACGAAAUCAAUCGGAGAGAGAGCUCCAACUCUUUGGAGCACCAAAUCCAUCAUUCCGUCUUCCUCCAAUUUCACUAACACUGAAAUCAAAUAUAAAAUUAAUCAAAAAUACAUUUUCAAUAAAUUCUCAUGGCGGAUUCUUCUGGAAUGACGUUAAUGGAUCUAAUAAGUUCAGAUCCUACGUCAGCACCACCGCCACCGAAACCACAGUCUUCUUCCACGUCAGCACAGCUUACAACGACGUCGCAUCAACGGCCAUCUAGUCCGUUUAGUAAAGCAGUAGCUGCUCCGGCGACUACUGAUCGGAAAUCUAAAAGAUCUACUUUGAUGCAGAUCCAAAACGACGCCGUUUCUGCUGCUCGAGCCGCUGUUCGUAUUCCUCAUAAGCACCACAAGAAAAAGCCAGUUUCUUAUGCACAACUUGCAAGGAGUAUCCAUGAGUUAGCGGCUUCAUCUGAUCAAAAAAAGUCCCAAAGACAAUUGGUGCAGCAUGUGUUCCCUAAACUUGCCGUGUACAACUCCGUCGAUCCGUCUCUUGCACCUUCUCUUCUUAUGCUUGGUCAGCAAUGUGAGGAUAGGACUAUACUACGUUAUGUCUAUUAUUAUUUGGCAAGAAUUUUGCCUGAUACUGGAGCACAAGGUCUAACUCCGGGUGGCGGGAUUCCUACACCAAAUUGGGAUGCUUUAGCUGACAUUGAUGCUGUUGGUGGGGUCACUCGAGCAGAUGUCGUACCUCGAAUACUAGAUCGACUUUCUACAGAGGCCUUAAAUUCUGAAUUUGAAUUUCAUGCACGAAGGCUUCAAGCACUGAAGGCUCUUACAUAUGCUUCUGAUACUCCUGAGAUUUUGCGAAAAUUGUACGAAAUAGUAUUUGGUAUUCUUGAUAAGGUUGCUGAUACCCCUGAUAAACGUAAGAAAGGGAUAUUUGGGGCAAAAGGUGGCGAUAAAGAGUCCAUAAUUCGGAGUAAUCUUCAAUAUGCUUCCAUGAGUGCAUUAAGAAGACUCCCCUUGGAUCCAGGAAAUCCAAUAUUUCUUCAUCGUGCGGUGCAGGGAGUGUCAUUUGCUGAUCCAGUGGCUGUUAGACAUUCUUUGGAGAUUAUCUCUGAGCUAGCGACAAGAGAUCCUUAUGCCGUGGCAAUGGCUUUAGGGAAGCUUGCUCAGCCUGGUGGAGCUCUGCAGGAUGUUUUGCAUUUACAUGAUGUGCUUGCUAGGGUUGCUCUGGCCAGAUUGUGCCAUGCAAUAUCUAGAGCUAAGUCACUGGAUGAAAGACCAGAUGUUAAAAAUCAGUUUACCUCUUUGCUAUACCAGCUCCUCCUUGAUCCCAGUGACAGAGUUUGUUUUGAGGCCAUCCUCUGUGUACUGGGGAAAUCUGACUCUGGUGACAGGACCGAAGAACGAGCUUUUGGCUGGUAUCGACUAACGAGAGAAGUUCUUAAGGCCCCUGAAGCACCAUCUGUGAAGGACAAAGAUAAAUCUUCAAAGGCGAGACGUCCGCAGCUGCUUAUAAAACUUGUGAUGAGAAGACUGGAGAGUUCUUUUCGUAGUUUCUCUCGGCCUGUACUUCAUGCUGCAGCUAGGGUAGUGCAGGAAAUGGGGAAAAGUCGUGCUGCUGCGUUUUCUUUGGGUGUACAUGAAAUUGAGGAAGGAGGUGAUGUUAAUACGUUUGCUGAAAGUAAUGAGCUGGAGGACGGGAAAUCUCAGUUUGAAGGCAACAAAGAUACGGUUGCAAGUCUACUGGCUUCAUUAAUGGAGGUAGUACGUACAACUGUGGCAUGUGAAUGUGUUUAUGUCCGUGCAAUGGUGAUUAAAGCACUUAUAUGGAUGCAAAGCCCGCAAGAAACUUUUGCUGAACUAGAAUCAAUGAUUGCAUCAGAGCUUUCUGAUCCUGCUUGGUCGGCUGCUUUAUUGAAUGAUAUUUUGCUCACUUUGCAUGCACGGUUUAAGGCAACUCCAGAUAUGGCAGUGACACUACUAGAAAUAGCAAGAGUAUUUGCUACUAAAGUACCUGGAAAAAUUGAUGCUGAUGUGCUGCAAUUGCUGUGGAAGACAUGCUUGGUUGGGGCUGGUCCAGAAGGAAAACAUACAGCUCUUGAAGCAGUCACGAUAGUUCUUGAUCUGCCACCUCCGCAACCUGGUUCCAUGUCUGGGCUUACAUCAAUUGAUAGAGUAUUUGCAACUGAUCCAAAGUCGGCUCUGGCUUUACAGAGACUCGUUCAAGCAGCGGUGUGGUUCCUUGGUGAAAAUGCAAAUUAUGCUGCAUCUGAGUAUGCUUGGGAAUCAGCAACUCCUCCUGGUACUGCACUCAUGAUGUUAGAUGCAGAUAAAAUGGUUGCAGCUGCUAGUUCUCGUAAUCCAACUUUGGCGAAUGCUCUCACUCGGCUGCAGCGAUGUGCUUUCAUUGGCAGCUGGGAGGUUCGUAUAAUUGCUGCCCAGGCUCUUACUACUAUGGCAAUCAGAUCUGGCGAGCCUUACAGGAUACAAAUCUAUGAGUUUUUACAUGCUCUAGCUCAAGGGGGUGUGCAGUCUCAAUUUUCAGAUAUGCAUAUUAGUAAUGGAGAAGAUCAAGGAGCUAGUGGUACUGGUCUUGGAUCUUUGCUUAGUCCAAUGCUAAAGGUCCUGGAUGAUAUGUACAGUGCACAAGAUGAUCUUAUAAAGGAAAUGCGUAACCAUGAUAAUGCCCAAAAGGAGUGGACUGAUGACGAACUAAAGAAGCUCUAUGAGACGCAUGAAAGGCUCCUAGAUCUUGUUUCACUAUUCUGCUAUGUUCCAAGAUCAAAGUAUCUACCUCUAGGGCCAACAAGUGCAAAGCUUAUUGAUAUCUAUCGAAAUCGGCACAAUAUUACUGCAUCGAGUGGCAUGAGAGAUGUUGCUGUUGCUACAGGAAUAUCUGAACUCAUAUAUGAGGCCACUAAACCAGCACCUGUGGAGUCUGACAAUCUUGACGAUGAUCUCGUAAAUGCCUGGGCUACAGGUCUAGCCGAUGACGGUUUGUGGAAUAAUGCUCCUGCAAUGAAUAGGGUUAAUGAGUUUCUUGCUGGGGCUGGUACUGAUGCACCUGAUGUUGACGAUGAGAACAUUAUUUCUAGACCUUCAAUGAGUUAUGAUGACAUGUGGGCUAAAACUCUUUUAGAGACCGCAGAAGUUGAUGAUGAUGAUGGGAGGUCUUCUGGAUCUUCUUCUCCAGAUUCGGUGGGGUCAGUGGAGACAUCAAUUUCAUCCCACUUUGGAGGAAUGAAUUAUCCUUCAUUGUUCAGCUCAAAACCUUCGACUUAUGGGUCUUCACAACCUACGGAGAAGUCAAGUACAAGCAGACACAAGAAGCCCUCAGGUGGUUCCUCUUCCUAUGAGGGUUAUGGUUCUCCGAUUACUGAAGAACCGCCUCCAUACUCAUCACCAGUUCACCAAAGGUUCGAGUCGUUUGAGAACCCGUUGACUGGGCAGGGGUCAAGCAGCUUUGACUCACACGAAGAGGAACGAUCCUCUUCAGGGAAUGGACAAUCUGGAUCAGCCCUUUAUGACUUCACUGCCGGUGGUGAUGAUGAGUUGAAUUUAACUGCUGGAGAAGAGGUUGAAAUUGAGUACGAAGUUGAUGGAUGGUUCUAUGUGAAGAAGAAACGCCCUGGACGGGAUGGUAAGAUGGCUGGUUUGGUCCCUGUUCUGUAUGUUAGCCAGUCUUGAAAAGGUACAAAAGUGGCUGCACAUAGUUGUCAACUUAUUGGUGUUUUCCGGGAGUACAACUUUGUGAGUUAUAGUUGGGCUGCUUAACAUCUAUAAAACAUGGAGUACGGUUUUAGGAUGCAUUUAUGUGAUAGGCAUGAUGUUGUGCAUUAUGUGUAGAAUUCAACAGUAUAUUUGUUGUGCGAUUCUUUUCUUACAUGUACAUUUGAAGGUUGAAGGACAAAGGCAGUUCUGCCAGCUGAGAUAGAGAAUGAUAUUUCAGGAGAAGAUAUAAUUUUGACCCAUUUUUUUUUAUAUAUAUACAUCCAAGUGUUUUAAA